AUGGGUACGGUGCAUGCAUCAAGAAAAAAAUUAGAAGAACCAAGUGUAAUAAGUAAUGAAGAUUGUAUACCGUGCGAAGCAGAAGACAGAGCACCAGGAAAUCCUGGUAGUUUCGAAGAUAUACAUAAAAAGGUUAAAGAUCUAUAUCCGCAAAACUUUGAAGGUGCGCGGCUCAUCAUCAACAAAAUUCUUAGUCAACAUUUUAAUGUGACACAUACUAUUACUCUCAGUUCCGUUACCCCAUCUGGAUAUAAAUUCGGUGCAAAAUAUAUUGGUACAAAAGUGGUUAAUCCUAAUGAAAGAUAUCCUGUAGCUUCGGGAGAUAUCGCACCAAAUGGAAAUUUGACCGCCUCUUUUAUGCAUACGCUUGGAUGUAGACUUAGGUACAAAUUAUCGGCACAAAUUGCCGAUGGAAAAUGCAAAGCAUCGAGUUCCAGUCUGGAAUAUCGGUCGAAUGAUUUCACUGUAGCGAUAACCCUAGCCAAUCCAAAAUUUACAAAGAGACAAGGAACAGUGGUAAUACACUUUUUACAAUCGAUCACAUCGAGAAUUGCGUUAGGAGCCGAGAUUGCAUGCCUUCGUGGCUCAAAAGUUCCAGGCGGUCAACAGACGGUCAUGUGCAUGGCUUUUAGACACAGUACAGGACUUACAACAUUAUCUGGGACUAUAGGUGAAGCGGGUCUUCAUCUUUGUUAUCAUCGCAAAGCUAGCUCGCAAUUGGAAAUUGGGGUCGAGUUAGAAACAAAUACGAGGACACAUCAGUCAAUUGCUACUAUAGUUUAUCAAGUAAAUGUACCAUAUGCGGAUCUUCUUUUCCGAGGUAUCGUGAAUUCUGAAACUACAGUCGGUGGUGUAUUUGAGAAGAAACUAUACCCAAUUCCAGAAUCUUCAUUGAUUAUUAGCGCACUUUUAAACCAUAAAAAACAACAAUUUCGUGUGGGAGUUGGUCUUAAUAUUGGACAAUAAUGAAGAAUGUAUGAUAUAAUUUGUUACGUGUAACUAUCAUCAUGUUUCUUUUUUUCAUUAUUUAUAAGAAUAAUAGAAUCAUUUCAAUAAUAACAGAAAUUAACAUAAGAUGAUUGUAAUUAUUUCUUUUAAAAUUUUACAAAGUGAAAAAACUUUUGCAAACGUUUACAAUUUUCGUCGCGCAAUAAUUUGCGAUAAUGUAUCGAUCGCAUUAUAUAUUUUAAAGAAUUGUUAUGCUUACAUAUAUAUUGUAAAAUAUCUGAAAACUUUACAUGACGCUUUUAUGUUGAUAUAAACUGAGUCUGUAAAAAUAAAAUUUUUGAAAUUUUUUAUAUAA